AUGAUCAGUUUCGACAAGUCAUCUUCAGUUGAAAGUUUAACGAGCAAAUUGGUGAUUUCUGACGAACUAUCGUUGCUUAUUGAAAGCAAUACGAACGUGAAAGAUCUAAAUACGAAGCAAAUUGAUCAGUUAUUAAGUUUAACGAAUUCAUGGAUGGAAUCAUUACAGAAAGAAAUUAAUUUUAUCGAAGACAUAAUGAGCGGAAAAAUUCAAUACGCGUCCGCCAUCAAAGAAUACGAUUUUUGGGAAAAACGUUAUAAUAAUUUCAAAGUGAUAUUGGAACAAUUGUUGACCGACAAAAUAGUACUUAAAUGCAUAAAUAUUUUGGAACAAAUUAUCAACAGCCAAAUUGUUUCAUAUACAUUGUGGAGAUUUAAUGAAUUAAAAAACGACUUUCAAAUAAUGUAUGAUACAACUGUUAGAAACACCAUGUAUUUCAUGAAAUUAAUUUACGAUGGAAUUGAUUCAAUUAUUAACGCACCAUUUACAAAUAUCGUAGAAAACUUCAUACCACUAUACAACAAUUUAAAUCUAAUGUGGUUGACAUCAAAUUUGUUUAGCCGGAAAAGACACAUGGAACGUCUACUCGAGUCAAUUUCCAAUUCGAUUGCUGAUAGAGUUUCUAUAACUUUGAGUAUACCCGAGAUAUUCCGAUACAAAACAUCUAAAGCUAUAGACUUGGUCAAAGGUGGCUUGUACAUUUUGGACCAAUGGGAAGCGACAUAUAUAAAAUGCAAAAAGGAUAUUGAAGCCAUAUCCACCAUUUAUUUUAGGCGAUGGGCUUGGGAGUUUGACGAGGAAAUACUAUUCCAUCGAUUACAUUUUGUUCGUUUAAUUGUACGUGAUCUAGACAAAAUAUUGAAGAUUAUAGAACUGAUAUUGAUGAGCCCUGAAGUUAGUCAUAUUUUUAAAAAUAACUCGGAAGGUCAAAUAUUUAUUAAAAAUUACAUUACUCGUAUUUUUUUUGAUUUGGAAAUCAAUGUCUACGAUAGUAAUAGAGAAGAAAUUUGGAUUAAAAAAAUGGACCAAUUUCAUUAUCAUUUUGAAAAUAAUGUCUAUGAUAAAAUCAGUCAAUCGAUGGAGGUUUCAAACAGUGCAAUUAACGAUGUUAAAGUGCUACAAUUUUUCGAGAACAUGAUGAUUCGGCACACACUUAUAAAGAAACUUCGUCCAAAGUAUGUGAUUAUUUUAGAGAAGUUCGUGGCAGAAAUUAACAAUUAUAAUACACAAUUUAUCUCAUUAAAGGAAUCCUCCCAAUUAGUUUUUGGCGUGCCACCGGUGGCAGGUAAAAUCAUUUUAGUGCAAGACCUAUUUUUAAGAGCUAAAAAAACCGCUCGAGUCGUGGAAUCGACGCCAAAAUUUCCCCACAUUCAGAAAACCAAAACAUUAUUAGUAUACGGAAAGUUUUGCAAUAACGUCUUAAAAUAUGAAAGUAACUUAGUUAACAAAUGGUUGAGCGAUGCCCUUAAAAUUGAAGGCAGUUUAGUGGAAGGCGCUUUGUGGACCUUUCACGGAAAUAAACUUGUGUCUACGUUCAACAAAGAAUUAUUUUUUGUCAUUGACACAGCACUACACCUGCAUCUCUUAGGUCAUGAUUUGCCAAUUAUUAUAAUGAACUUAAUAGAAAAACAACAACGGAUAAUACUGAAUAUAAAGAUUCUUAACUCAUUAUUAGAAGUAUACAAUGAAAUAGUGGACAGAAUGGAUGCUCCAAUUGCUUUGGCAAUGGAGCGUCACUUCUCAAAAGUAAAACUGGUAAUGCGUCCCGGCUUUGAAAAGAGAUAUACUUAUUUAUCAUUUCAGCUACCAAAAUUCAUGAAACAUUGUUUGAGGUCUCUAAAUAUAUUCAACACAAUUUACAACGAAAUUGAAUUAUUUCAAACAAUCAUAUCUGAAAAACUCGAGUUAAUUGAAAAUCUGAAGUUUUUUAAUAUGGAUGCAAAUGAUGAUAUUGAAAAUAUUUUUGCGUUGUUCGAUAGGUUCAUAACACGAGGAGAUGAAAACAUGUCGGUUAUAACAUGUUCGAUGAACUACAUAGCUAUGGCAUUAAAUUUGAUCGAAAAAACUUGUUUUGAUUUAGAAAUUGGUGGCCACAAGCGCAUGCGUUUGUUGUACGAAAAAUACGAAAACGCAUUACACGAAGCUUUUAUUGCAAUGGUCUGGAACAAUUGCAAUGAGUACAAAAAUAUAUUGAACGGCGAUCGGGUGGCCUUGGUAGUUAAGGGACAACUGGUCGAUGAUAAAUUUACUCUUGUGCCUAAUAUCAACAUCAUAUACACCACGCUCAUCAAGGCCAUGGAUGAUACUCUGAAUCGAUUAAAAUCUGUGCCCAGAUGGCUGAGAACCACCAAUGUUUUGUGCCCAUUCGUCAAUAUCAUGGGGACUGACGAAUCGCAUUUGCCCUAUACAUAUUACACUCACGUAGCGAAAUGCAAGGAUUUGUACAACAUAAAAAAAGAAUGUUUCAGUUCCAUCGGAGAACUUGUCAACCGGUUGCAAAUGGCAGUACAGAAGUUUGCAGGAUUUGGUUUCAUGUUCGAAAAACGAAACAAAUUAAUUAUCGAUCAGUUUUCCGAGACAAAUCCUACAUUGGCUGAUUACGGUGAGAAGUUGAAAUAUUUCCUCACGCUAUCCACCCGUGUUGAAUGCGAGUUGCACAUUGACUAUGGCUGUAUACGAAUCGACGUUUCCGAAUAUAUCGUCGUCCUACGGGAACGGUGUGAUUUUUGGCAUUCAGUUUAUGGAAGUCAAUUGAUACUCGAAUGUGAUGAUAUUAUGGCAAAGUUUUCUCAAAGGAUCACGGCAUUAGAAGAGCAGUUAAAUAAUCAUUUUCGAAAUUGUCAAGGACUUGACAUAGUUGAAAGAGCUAUUAAAAAAAUAAGACAAACAGUAUUUCAUGCUGAUUCCACAUUUCAUGAAAUAAAUAAUCGAUUCCAUUUCAUGACGCAACAUAAAAUAACUGUGCCAAAUUAUCAAUUAAACUACUUCAAAGAUGUACAAAAUAAUUGGCAGAAUUUGUGCAAAGAUGCAUUAAGCCGGAACUUAUGUUUUGAAAACGCGAAAUCGGGUCUUGUUACAAUUAACAACAUAUAA